GGAGGACGGGGGAGAGAGAGAGAGAGAGAGAGAGAGAGAGAGAGAGAGCGAGUGUCGCCGCAGGUAGUGACGUCGAGCGUACGUGAACAUGUACCUUUUGUGUUGUGUCCGUCGCGCGACACGAUCCUUCGCGGAGCAAAUCGACAUCGCGCAUCGAGCGGACGUUUGACGGACGCAACGAACGCGCCCGCGUGUCGAUAAAAGUUCACCCCUCCCCAACCCCCCUGCCGACUGAUCGGACUAUCGCGCGGCGCGCUGUUGAUUUCGAAGUAAUCAGCUUUCUCGUUAUUCAUACCGAAGGAUAUACCGAAGCGUCGAUAGCAUAUAACGCAAUAUAGAUAUACAAGGACGUUCGUCGCGCACAUAUCACGUCGUAUCGUACGGUCGCGCGCUCGGCGAGUUUCGAGAUAUCGAAGGCGGCGAUCGAUAGCAGCGCCCCGUGCUGCAGUCGUCGUGCUUGUCGCUUUGCGCGCGAGAAACCACUCCGAGCGCGAACGUCACGCUCUUUCGGCUCGAAAGUCGUGAUCGAAAGCGCCGCGCCGGUGCGGACCGGCCACGGCGAAUCCUUAUCCUCGGUGACUGAAAUUCGUUCGACGCAAGUGACGCACGUGUGAUCGAGAGGAAACACACACACACACACACACACACACAUCGACAAUUGGAGCGCGCUGGAGACGCAAAUCGACGCGUUUCAGCGCCCGUAUAAUAGAUGAGGCGAUUAUUGUGCAAUUAAUUCGCCGUUCGAACUGCGGUAUCGCGGUAAACACACACUUUCCUCCGUCAUCACACGUCCGCCCCUCGCUCUCUCCUUGCCCGAGGGCGAAAGCGAAGACGAGGUGACAAGAUGACAUCGCGGAAUCAUGACAGAUCGGAGGAAUCGAGCCGCUGCGGCUGCCAGCGCCGAUCCGAUUGAGCGAAAACGCAGCUGGAAUCGUCUGCGCAGCUGGAAAUUAGUUCCAGCGGGAAGUCGAGAUAUCGGUGCCGUCGUAGUCGCAGGCUGAUCUCGGUGGAGCCUCCGUUGCUCUCGGGGGCGAUAAUAACUCGGCGAGAGCUCUCGCGUGUCCUUCCCGCGACGCGCGUUGAGAGCGGCGGCGGGCGUCGAUCGAAUUAAAAAACAUAUAGCAGGCGACGAUCUACAAGGAGGACAAGUGAGCGCGAGACGGACGGUAACGAGGCGAGGCGGGACGCACAGCGGAAGGAGCGUCGUUGUCGCCAGUGGAAAGGAGGUCCCAGCCGGCGCCUUCGUCUCUCUCUCCUCUUGCUCCGCUCACGACGAAGCCGGCGAACGAAACUACGACGAUCGGCAGCUGCCGAGCGAAGAUUACGCGCGAGAGGCACGGCACGGCGCUCUUUUCUUCGUUCCCUCGGUGGACGUGCACGUCGGCACGGCGGCAAGGAGGAGAGACACUACCAAGUGCAGUGUGUUAUUUCGGUGUUACUUGGGCUUAUCCGGCGCGGACGAGUAGAGAGGUUUGCCUGCGGGAGAAGUCGCACGGGCGGGGCGAGUGGGAAUGCGCGAGAGCGAUCGGUAUGACGAGAGACGCGAAUUGAUGCUCCGCGAGCGAGAGGACGCGCUCGGGAAAGAAGCCAGGAUGAUGAUGGCGCCGCAGAUCGUGGGUGUCCUGCUGAAGAAACCGGGUCAGCAGACGCACCCACGAUUACCACCCUUGGACCCGCAGGAGACCAAGAUCAAAGUCAUUGACUGGUAAUCUAUAUUUCCCUCAGCCGCCAUUGUGAAGCGACGCUUGGAAAUCGACAAUAGCCUUUGUCAUCCGACGACCAACAUGGCGAAGGCGAGCUGUACGUGGAGGAUCUGGGCGAGCGGCGGACAGUUUCCAUCAGGAUGGGUUGGCUGUGGGUCGAGAGCACCCCGAUGCGACUACCACUGAGGGCGUUGAACCUCCGUCAAGCAACGUCGAGUCUCUGUCAGCCGCACGCGCUCGCUCUAGGAUUCACCCUGAGCAACUCGCAGGGUCGUUCGCUCGCCACCUUCUGGGCGGACACGGAACCGAUUUAUUGGUCUUGGGUCAGAGCGAUAGCGGCCGAACUAGUCCGUCAAACGCCAUUCCGCGCUCAACGAUGCUUGAACUUCCUGGAGAUACUGACUAUCUGUCCGCGAGGUCCAAUCCCCUUGCCGGAGAGCCCGACGGAAACGAGAAGACGAUCGCGCAGUGAGCUGCGUUGCUGGCCGAGCGACUCGCCGGUGGAGAAGACGGCGAUCACCAGCACGACGAUACUGGACGACAGCAGGAGACGCGCGAAGAGCGAGCUGCGCUUACGCUGGUCCAGCAGCAACUCGAGCGACGAAGACCUCGGUGAAUUUCGCAGCAUACCCGCCAUAAUCAGCGCCAAGGAGCAACCGGUCGGCAGGAUAUGGGGUUGCAGCGAAAGCAGCGAGGGUAGCGACGACAGUCUGCCUUGGGGCGGUGGCGUGUGUCGAUCCAGCGUGGACUCCGUGGACUCCAGCGUUCCCUUGUUGGAACCGGAGACGCGGGAACAGAGGAUUCAGAGGUACAAGGAGGCACGUAGACGCGAGAACGAAGCGAGAAGCCGGCGGGUGCUCGAGGAGGACGCGAGACGGCGGCGAGCGCGAGCGGAAGAGAACAACAACAAUCUGCCGAAGAUCCUCGGCUCCUCCUCCGGCAGAACGAGGGUGAACAGAACGGCUUAUACCACCAACGACAAUGACGACCUUCAGCCGCGCUUGGCCAGGAAAGAGACAUCAUCCUCGACGCAGCCCGUCGACGUUCCGAUAACGAUAACGCGAUACGAGAAUUCGAUCGUCGAUAGGCUGCCGCCGGUUAAGCCGAGCGAGUCUGGCACGGUGAGAUUUGAGGAGAACCAUCGGAAUGAGGACGACAAGCGUAACAACAAUAGCCCGAAGAACAAUGGCCCGAACAACAACAGCAGUAGUGCCGGGAUAUUCCGGUCGGAAAUCUGCGAGAGGAGAAGCCGCGCCAGAGAGCGAAGGAUCGUUCGCGACAAGGGUCAACAGUUGCCGCAACUGCAACUGCAACUGCAACAACAGAGCCAACAGUUCAUCAGCGUCACGAAUGUGGAGACCCUGCGAGAACGCAAAGAGCGUCUGGCGCUUUUGUCCUCCAGGAUCCCCGUACCUCGCCAGACGUCACAGUCCUGCCCGAGGUCCGUGUCGUCGGAUCACCCUCUGACUGCUUCUCCGAAGUCACCGGGUUCUCCGUCGACCUCGGCGGUGCCGCCCUGCGAAGAGGACGUCGCCAAGCUUCUAGAACGAUGCCAGAGGGUGGACCACUAUGUGCCAGUGCGGGAGAAACUCACCCUGUUCGAGUCUCUCUCAAGGCUAGGCGGACGUCUAGCCAGGAGCACGGAGGAUCUCGGUCGAACGUCUUCCAAGCCCAGUCCCAGAGGCAAGCAACGCGCCAGGUCUCUUCAUGAUCUCAACCGCGGUGCCAGAGCCGUGCCCGUGAGGGAGAUGUGUCGGUUCUUCGAGGGUGACGUGGAGCAGGAAGCGUGCCAGAAGGUGAUGGCUAUCACGAAGUCGCGAUUUAGCGAUCCACCCUCGAAGAACACGUGGAAGGAACCGAGCGCGAAGCACGAGGCGCCGUGCAUCAGCGCUUCCAGCAGGAGGAGGCACUACUUCAAGUGAUCACCGAUACUGGAUGGAUCCGGACUCUUCUUCCAGGAGCAUAUAACACGAGCAUUCGGGAGGAAGAAACUCACACUUGAGUUGAGCGAGACUUCUACAAACACGAUGAGGUUCAUUGUAGAAUUAUCGAUCUUACAUGUGCUUUGUCGUGUAAACUCCUAUGAACCGACCAAAUGUUUGCGAUCUUAACAAAUUUAGAAUAACCAACCAAUGUAACCGAUAAUACUUUCCAAACGACCGUGAUACACAGUAAAAAAUUAAAUCGCCAAUUUUUUACGUUCUAGAAAGUCUCUUCGAAAAUUAAUUCUAUUAAAAUCCUACUAUAAAUUCGACCUUGAACAUUUGAAAUAAAAAUAAUUCCUCUCGGUCGUCUGUCGCUUGUUGAUAAUCUAAAGAUAUAAAUUAACUCGCGUGUAUUCUUUUUCCAUACUUGUUCCUAAAUGUAGCUGUGAAAACACGAUUAAAAAGAGAAAUUUGUGCAAAAUAAAUUUUGUGAAUAUGAAUUAAUUCAUCUUUUUGAUUCGUCGACAAGUAACACAUGACGAAUGAAUUGUUUCUUCUCCAAAUUUACUGCGGACUGUCUAGUAUACAUAAAACUGACAUUUUAUUUUUUACAGUGUAUAAUAGUGUAGUUCCCCUGAAUUUUUUCUAGGAGAAAAAAUGAAGUUCCAAAAAGUCUGUUCUCUCUCGCGUUCGACUACAAAAUUUCUUUUCCGAUGCGUGAACGACAGGCCAGCCCCGGUCAACCCCGGUAAAUGAAAAAUACUCGUUAGGAAAUUGUUGCCGGAGCGAGCGGGCCGCGCCGGAGGGCGGCGCGAGUUUCCGGGUCACAAUGAUCAAUUAUUUUCGACAGCGCUCGCGAAUUCUGCUCUUUACGAGAGAGGCUGACGCUAUCGAGCUAUGCUUACCGAACGUUUAGAUUAGAAUCGACUCUGCCGAUUGUGUCGCGAACGAUCGUCACACUUGCGCCGAGAGAAAGCCGCCGCACACCGGCUUUUUUACACGCUCGAGGCUCCGAACUGUACUCGAUUCUCUCGAUUACCGGUUCGGUCUCGAUCGACCAUCAAAGCAUCAAGAAAAAAAAUACAGGCAUGGAUGCUCGCAAUCGCGUUCACGCGCCUUACGAAAGUGAGAACGAGAGGAAACCGGUAAAUCUGAUCGCCGCAGAAAUUUCCCACAUUCGAUCCAAGUUUCACCUCUAUUAGUUACGCGAAUGUCGUUUCGGGUCGUAGACAAUCGCGUCUGCCGUAUUUCAAAA